AUGAGUGAGACUGUCCUCCAGCAAAAAACUGCACCAAAACACCAACCCAAGAAACCACAAACAAGUUCAUCACAGGAGGAGAGCUCAAAAAUUCAAUGGCUGGGGAAUACCUUAUCCCAGGCCUUGAAGCAGAGCAUGGCAGUUUCUACUGAAACAGAAUCCAAGGGGAAUGUUCAAGCACUGCAUGUGGGUAAAAAUUUCAAAACAUGGCUGUUGAAGUUUCUUCAGUAUGCAAAUCUGCUACACAUCAAACCCUCAGAUCAAUGGGCAUAUUUGCUCACCUAGUUGGAUCAACCAACUAACAAAUUAAAGCAGUUGAGCUUUUAAAGCUUUCAGAAUUGCUAACCUUUGAAGAAUUCGCGGCAAAGCUAGUUGAUAGAUUUGAUUUGGGCAAAACAAAGGGAGAUUAUAAACUGCAGUUGUGGGCUAGGUGUCAAAGGAUUUUAAAGUGUUUGCCCAUAGUGUCCUGGAAUUGGUGGAAAAUGCCCAGCCAUAGUGUAAUCAUUCAAGGUGGAACUAGCAAGAGACCAGACACCAAGAAUGGGAAAAAGUAUUCAUGAGUCAACUGGAUUCCCUGGUGGAGGCUGUCCGUGUUGUUCAUCGAUCAGAAAGUGCUCAUAAAGCUUGUCAGGCUGUGGCAUCUGCUGAGAAGAAAAAGUCUGUGAAUAUUGUGAGUGCUUCAGCAGAGAGGGAGAAAAUUUCACCUGAGAUCUGAGUGCUCAACUGGAACUCAUUCUUGGUAUGAAUGAAAAAAUUCGUAAGCUGAAACAAAAAGCUGAAACGACAGCCCCUUAACAAUGUGGUAUGUUUUGCUUCGCGUGAACCUGGCCAUCUCGCUCAAAACUGCCCUGACUGGAGCAGUGACCCAAGUGAUAGUAGUCACCAAUAAUGAGGUAACCAACCCUGCUUUUGUUAAUAAGUACUGUCAGCAACAUCAGCCUCUGGAAUCUAUGUCACAGUAAUUGUGGCCUUAGUUACCCCCAGAGAUGGACUAACUCUAGUUUGAGUUGCUAACUUCUCAGACAGGCUUAUUAGACGACAGGCAGAUGUUGCCGAAUAUCAUCCUGUCAGUAGUAGGAAUGGCCGUGUUGUUUCAUUGUAAGCAGAUCCAGAUUCAACUAAUGUUCCUCAAUCAUCUCUUUCCAUAUUAACAAACCAGUGGCAAAAAGGGAGAAGCGAAAACAGGACAAAAUGUGGAAGUCAAAAUAAUAUUAUGAGGUGACCUAGAAGAGCUUUCGGAAGACCAAAAAGAGCAGUUUUUGUCCCAGGUAAUGGAAUGUGAGGACAUCUUUGCAAGAGACAGCUCUGAUUUAGAAAAAACAGAUCUCUUAGAACAUGAAAUUGACACCAGUAAUUGCAAGCCAAUGAAACAGCAUCCUCAUUGAGUACCACCCUAUCAGCAAUAAGUUAUCGAUGAACAGCUGGAAGUGUUAUAAACUACAGGCAAGAUUGAGCAAUCUCAACGUCCUUGGGGCAGUACAGUUGUACUUGCUAAGAAACAUGACUGAACAUACCGUAUGUGCAUUGACUACCGUGAACUUAACCAGUUGACAAAGAAGGAUGUCAUAAUACCAGCUACCUUGGACAGAUGACGUGUAAGACACCUUGGGUGGGGCUCAGUGUUUUUUUGGCCUCGAUGUGGCAGAUGCAAAUGAAAGAAGAGGAUGGGCCUACACUGUAAGACUGCCUUCUCAACUCAUCAGGGACAUUUAUGACUGCCACCUUAUUAGCUCAGUUGGGAGAGCACCGGUCUACCAAGCAGGAAAUCGCAGGUUCAAACGCCCGGCCGGACCAAGUCAGUGCUGCCGAUGUAAUGACAUCUGGAAAUCAUUAUACUUUUUAGUUUUCUCGGAUAAGGAAGAAAAACCGUAGGUCCCAUCUCACAGCACUUUCCCUGAUUUGUUUUUGAGGGACAUAAAACAAGCAACGACACUAUCAAAAAAGAGUAGGGGUCGUAAACCCCUGUGGUGUGGCCAACCUUUAUGGCUUGUGGGAUUGGGUAGGGAUGUUCAUGCACAUUCCCUCAGGGCAGGCCUGUGUCCAGAGAAGCUGUUAUAUAAAUAAAAUAAUAAGAGUAAUGCCUUUCGGAUUGACAAAAUUAAUGGACCUGCUAGCUUCACUCGAUUAAUUAAUCUGGUGCUCAAUGGCCUUACCUGGACACACUGCAUAGUGCAUUUGGAUGAUAUCAUCAUCUGGGCCCAAAUCUUUGAAGAACACAUUCACUGUCUAGGGUUAGUGUUUAAUCGUAAAAGGACUGCUGGUUUGAAACUGACGCCUACCAAGUGUCACUUCCUUAGAAGAGAAGUUACUUUUCUAAGUCAUGUUGUUUCAUCUGACAGAAUGAAGACAAGCCGUCAAAAGAUGACCAUUACCACUGAAUGUGAAAGACCUUCAAAGCUUCCUUGGUCUUAAUGGCUAUUACAGAAAGUUCAUCCUUGCAUUUUUCAUUUUUGCUGAGCCCCUCUACAAACUGUGUAAGAAGAAUGUACCGUUUUGUUGGCAACAGGAACAACAAGCUGCAUUUGACUAGCUGAAAGAUUACCUGGUAAGCGAGCCAGUACUGGCUUAUUAAAAUUUCGGGCCCUCAGCAAGAUCUUUCAUACUUGAUACUGAUGCAAGCCACUACCUAGAACAAGGGCAGUUUUGUCUUGCAGCAACAGGAUGGUACUAAGCGGGUGAUUGCUUAUAGUAGUCUUCCUUGAAUGAACAUGAAAAAAACUGGACAUAUUAAAUUCUGCAAGCAGAAUACUGCCAUGCUGAUCGUACUACGUGAAAAGUAACCCUGCAAGACAUCAACAUGACACCAAAAGAACUUCUUGGGGCUAGUCAUGACGCAACAAUCAGAGAGAACUCUGUUGAAAAAUAUCUGUGCACUCUGAUUUUAAGUCCUGACCCAGAACUCUCAACACCCACAGAAUCACGCCAUCCCACGUGUCUUCUGGAGGGCAAGAGUCCAAGUGUCGAGUUGCACCACUUGAUUGGAAAUGCUUGCUUUGGUGAAGUCCUUACACUGACUACUUCAGAAACUAUUUAUCAAGGUGGAAGUUUUGUUUACAAACUGACAGUCACUCAUUACAAUGGUUGAUAUUCUUUAAAGAGCCCCCAGGACAGGUAGCAUGUUGGCUGGAAUGCCUUCAGUGAAUGCCCAUUGUGAGAUCCAACACCAGCCAGGAAAGCAAAAUAGCAAUGCAGACAGUUUAUCCUGAGGUGCAAUCAUAGAAAAUGCCCCUUCAGUGUUCCUCCUGCAACACCACAGGUAUGGUGCCAACAGUCAUCAGCAGGCUGCACAGUGGUAAACCAAGGAAGGAAGUAAAGAAUGUGUGGUCGCCCAAGAAUGACUUGUGUCCCAAGCUCAAGGCCAAGAUCCUAAUAUAGGCGCAGUUGUAGAUCGGCUGUCACGGGAACGGAAGAAACCACCUGAUAAGAAGCCUGGGACCAGGUUCCACAGAGGGGGAAAAGGCAAAAAGUGGGGUCAAAUAGGAAAAAUAUCGGCAAGCAAAGUGAGCCUAGCAGAGCGUUGGGGAGGGGGAAGAGCAGUGGAGCCUGGAGACAUGCCUUUGGUGCUGCCGUUCCAUGAUACCAGAUUCUGGUAUCAUGCUCUGAUUGGUCAAAUGUCUUCACGUUGACAGAUUCACGGUGCAGUUGACAGUAUCGCACUCUUUAAAUAUCAUGUUCCUACUGACAGUUAUGGAAAAGUUUUUUUAAAAUACGAACUUCAAGCAAGCAAUACAAAUUUCCUUGCGAGACUUUUUGCUUAUCCCUCCGCUCCAAGAAAAGCAAAAAAUAUGCCUGUGACAUGUUGCAAAAAGAAAAAGCAGCAUUUAAAAUAUCAAGCUUUUCUUAUACUCUCCUGAGAUAAACUACAGUUAACAUUUACAAAACGAUUUACGUAUAGACUGAUGUUCAAAAGGCACACAUUAUAAUCACGCUCCUAUGAAAAGCAUGAUAAAACACAAAAAUCAGCUAAGCCUUGUGCUCCGAGAACAAGUAAACCACAACUGUACGAAGCAGGCAGUUGUUUCUCUCUUGCAUGGCUUUCAGCUAGCGUUUGCAAAGUAGUUUGUGUUGCAUGUCGGUUGGUAGUCAACAAACCAUACGCAACUGACAAGUGACAUGAACAACUUCGUAAAUACUAAAAGCCAUACAUGCAAGAGAGAAACCUCUGCUAGCAGGCUAGUACAAAGAUAACAGCGAUUGAAGAAAAUCAGGGAAAAUGAUUAUUACUGACUUUUACACGAUUUUGAGCAGACAUACGUUAUAAAGUGGACAACAAAUGCAACAGGAAUACACUUAAACUGAAUACAUGUAGUCUGUCGCAUAAAGUGCUAAACUUACACAUUUUUCCUCCACAGAACUGAAUAUAAACUCUGCCAUUAGCAAUAUUUCGUCUGGUACAUUAUAAGAAGCAAUGUCAACAAGCAUUAUGUGCAAACUGUGAACUUGAGGGAUCUCCUUGAGAAUUUAUUCAGCUGUUUUUCACUAGUUGAAAAUGGUGAAUUUUCCUCUGAAACCUCUUUAUUUCUCUUUGCCAAAGCUGGUGUUCCUCUACUUGGUGAUCAAAGUUAAGUAAAUCUUUUUGCUUGCACUCUUACUUCAUCUCAAAUUCAAAUAUUUUUUACAAAAGGGACAUAAUAAGCUCACGCUGACAUCCGUGAUGAGAAUUUGAUGUGUUGAUAAUUCAAUAACAAGUUAAUUGCUGGAGGGCCGAUCCGUGGCAUCAAAGGCAUGUCUCCAGGCUCCGCCACACUUUCCCCUCCCGAGACUACCUCUCAGCUUGCAAUGUGGAGACUGAUCCCAGGCUACCUGGUAAGUAGCUCCAACCCAUGAGCCGAGCAAAAAGGAAAGUCUGGGUACAGUAGGAACUGUUAGAGCUACGGGAAGGAGUACUUUUCCAACAGUCAGCAAAAGGUACAUUGUCAGCUAAGGGUAAGAUGGCAAAGUCUGCAAGUAGCUCAGUGUCGUCAGAAAGAUGCAUAUUAUGAAGGGAGCAUGAAACACAAGGCACUCCAAACUGGUGAUUUUAGUGCUAUGCUACACUCCACAGCCUAAACUGGGUGAAGCAAACAGAUUCCAUCUACAGAGGGAGGGACCAUUUGAAAUAGCGGAGUGCGUCAUGGACAUUACGUAUCGGGUGAGGAAAGUUGGCGGGCAUUCCAAAAGAGAUCCUCAAGCAGUUCAUUUCAACAACCUGUGGUUGUACAAGGAAAGGCAGGAAGAGAGCAUGGAGGAUGCUCCCCAAGGUGGG